AGACGAAGGAAAAGGAAAAGAUGGCUGUCACUGCCUUAACUACCCAUGUUACUCUUCUUUCUUCCACUUUCAGGACAUUAAAGCAAAGAGAGAGGAGUGUUCAACCACCUGCGAAUUAAAGAAAAUUGUUUGUGAGGGAAAGCCACACUUGUGCCUGUUUGCGGCAAAGACAAUAUCUAAGCAACAACUACGGGGCCUCCUGUUACCCAUGAUGCUCAAUGGAGUCCAAUAAGGGAACAAGUACUUCACCACAAAGGAAUGAAAGGGCUGAAGACUCAGAGGCAGCUUCCAGCCCUAAUAAUUCCAGCUUUGAUGAUGAUAGUGAUGAUGGCGAACUAUCUGAGAGUGGACCAAGCCGUAAAAACAGUCAGCGGGACAGUUCACCUUUUGGAGAUUCCUCUCAACCUGUUGAACUCGAUGAGACUUCAUGCACUCAGCAGGAGGAGGAGGAGGAGGAGGAGGAGGCUGUUUGGAGCUCUGAAGAACAUGGGUGGGAUGAAGAUUUCAGACCCAGAAAGCCUACCCCAAAGCUCACAGAGCCUUCUUUCACCAGCAAAAAUUAUUGUUAUGUCUGUGGUAAAGGUUUCUCUAAAAUUAGCCGACAUCUUUUGACACAUGCUGAUAUAGAGCCUGAAAUCGCUGAAGCUUCUGCAUUACCUCUAUGCUCCAAAGAACGGAAAAGAGUAUUUGACACUUUCCGGAAUCGGGGAAAUUACAAACAUAAUCAAGAGGUGCUGAAGAACAAGCAUGGAGCGUUGAAACUGAAAAGACGACCAAUGAACGCGCAUGCCAGUGCUAGUUCACAUGUUCACUGUCUAUAUUGUAAAGGCAUGUUACAGCGUAAGGAAAUAUGGAGACAUGUAGCUAAAUGUCCUUUUAAGCCAAACUCUGAUAAAGAUGGCACGACAAGUGUCUUAACUGAGAUUGCUCUUGCAGAAUCGCCAUACUGUCAAAAACUUCCAUCUGGUGUGUUGAAUCUUCUGUUAUCGAUGAAACAAGAUGAGGUUGCAUUCGCAGUUCAAAAUGAUUUUCUUCUAAUACAGCUGGCACAGUCUCUGUGUGAUAGGUAUUUAGAUGAAACGAAUAAACAUGAAUUCAUCAGAAAGAGGCUGCGGGAAAUGGGAAGACUUUUGAUAAGGCUGCAGCAAGAGUCAAUACAAAGCUUUGAAGACGCUAUUAAACCCAAAAACUUCUACAAAGUUAUUGAGACGGUCAGAGACAUCGCUGGUUUUCAUGAAAUGACGCAGCGCUACAGGACACCGAGUCUUGCUGUGAAAAUGGGAUAUUCGCUCAAAAAAAUAGGUUCCAUCAUCCUCGCUGGCACUGACGUCAGUGAGCGGGUGAAGAGGGACACAAAGACAUUCAUGAGGAUGUGUUCAAAAGAAUGGAGUGAAAUUACCUGCCACACAGCCGUUCCAUGUGGACCAAAAGUAAAGAACCCGUCAACCAUACCGUUCACGCGUGACAUGCAGGUUUUCUACAACUACCUUGAAGCAACAUCAGCUUCUGCCAUUGAGAGCAUGAAGAAUGAUGAAAGCCAAGAGGUCUACACUGCACUUUGCAGAGUGACGCUUGCACAGGCGUCAGUCUUAAACAAAUGUGCACCUGAGGUUUCGAAGAUGACACUGAAGACAUUCCAGGAAAGAGACGACACAACCAAAGUAUUGUCCAAAAACUUCAUGAGAAUGAACAUCCUGAGCAGUCGGACUGGUGAAAACGUUGCCAUCUUGUUGACCUCUGAACUCGUCAGUGCAAUGACACUUCUUGUGACAAAGAGAGAAGCAUGUGGCGUAAACAAAGACAACCCUUUCUUGUUUGCAAAGCCAAACUCUUCUCAGACGAGCCAUUACCACGGAAGGCACUGCAUCAGGCCUUUUUCAAGAGUGUGUUGUGCAAAGAACCCAGCGCACCUCAGGUCGGUGCAUCAUCACAAGCACGUCGCAAGAGUCUUCCAGAUCCUCAACCUGGAGAACGAUGAGCUUCGUCACCUUGCUAAACUGCUGGGCCAUGAAAUCCGGCCUGACAGGGAGUAUUAUCGGCUGCCAGAGGCAGCUCUGGAACUUGCAAAAAUUGCAAAACUUCUCCUGGCAAUGGAAAAAGGUUCUCUUGAAAGAUUCAAAGGAAACACUCUGGAGGAAAUUGAGAUCGAGGAUGAAUUGGAGCCAGAUGGGGAGCAGUAUGACUCUGAAAACAGCGACGCUGAGGAGGACGAAGAAGAAUCAGAUCUUCAGCAGAGCGAUGUUGUGGAACAAGAAGCUGUGAAGAAAAAGCAGAAAAGACAACCGACUCCUGAGCAAGAUGCCGAGGAGCACAUAAAAGCUGGAAGAGACAAACCCUUCCUGGAGGAAAUGUUUAUUGACCACCAGAAAGGGAGAGGUGUGUUUACCCGUGAGCCCAUUGAGCCAUCCACCUUCGUUGUUGAGUAUCGGGGGAACCUCUUAUUGAACAAAGAAAGCGGGAAAAGCAAACAUGGCGAUACUUUGAAGAAUUAUCUGUACGACUUCUCAUGGGAUGGAAAAAACUGGCGCAUUGAUGCUUCGAAUGAGGACGGGACCCUUGGAAGACUUGUUAACGACGAUCACAAAAGUCCAAACUGCAAAAUGAAGAAAAUUGUUUAUAAGGGAAAGCCACACUUGUGCCUGUUUGCAGUGAAGAAAAUAUCUGCAGAUGAGGAGAUAACUUACAACUACGGGAACACCUCUUACCCAUGGCGCUCAGCGGAAUCUGGUGGGUCAGAGAUGAACCAAAAUUAUGCUGCAUCCUCAUCAGACAAUGAAAGUUUUGAGGAUGCAGCAGCCAAUUCCGCAGAAUCCUGCUCUGAUGACGAAUACAAACCUGACUGUGACCCGAGUAGCGAUGAGAGUUGUACCAGCACCUACACUCCACCGUGUAAGAGAUCCAAGAAAGAUCCAGACUCAGAUUCUUCUAAACGGCGGCGCUUUGAGCAGCGGGUCAAGUCUGAUCACAGCUCUGAUGACGAUUUUAGCUCUGAUGGAGAUGACGUAGAGUUCAAAGAUCCUACCCAAACCAACAAAAAUUACUGUUAUGUUUGUGGGAAAGCUAUGACUAAACUUUCUCGUCACCUUUUCACACAUAGAAAAACAGAACCUGACAUAGCCGAAGCCUUUAUGCUACCUCCAGGCUCCAAAGAACGAUUCGCACUGCUUGACAAGUUACGAAACAAAGGAAAUUUGAAACACAAUGAAGAGGUGAUAAAGACUAACCGUGGAGAACUGAAAGUGAAAAGAAAAAGGUCAAACCAGUUCACCGGCAUUCAGACAUUUGCACAGUGUCUGUAUUGUAAAGGCAUAUAUAAUCGUCAGUUAAUGUGGCGACAUAUGCAAAAGUGCACAUUAAAGAAAACGAAAGAAACAAAAAGAAAGAUUAAAGUCCAAACUCUGUUUGCUGCUGCAGAGGCCACAGACCUCAUGUCAUCACAAGUGAUGAAUUUGGAAGAGAUCAUAAAAAAGCUAAAGAAUGAUGAGAUUGCAUCUGUAGUUAAAAAUGAUACCCAUAUACUGCAGCUGGCACAGUGUUUGUACCAUGUGAAAAAAGGUAAAAACAUGCAAGAAAACAUCACAUCGAGGCUAAAGCUAUUGGGAAGACUCAUGUUGACAUUACAGAAAAAGUCGAUUAGUAGCUUUGAAGAUGCUCUCAAACCUCAAAACUUCAGCCACGUCAUUGAUGCUGUUAAAGAACUCGCUGGCUUCAAUGAAGAGCUGAAAACUUAUCACACCCCAACUCUUAUGAUGAAAUUGAUGACCUCACUCAAGACAAUUGGCGAAAUUAAAUACGCCCGAGCUUUGAAAGACAAUGCUGACAAACAGAUAAUAUGUGAAGCUGAGACAUUUAUGAAGUUGUGUGACAAAGAAUGGAGGCGCACCCGCCCAUCAAGGUCAAAAUUAAGUGCAUCGACCGUACCGUUCAUACAAGACGUGCAGCUUUUAUGUCAGUACAUGGAGAGCACGGCGUCGUCUGCAGUUCAAAGUCUGACGAUGUAUGAAUGCUCUCAGGUCUUCAUUGCACUUCUCAGAGUGACGAUCGCUCAACUGUCGAUCAUAAACAAAAACAUGAUGAAAGUUUCAAAAGUAACAGUCAAGUCAUUCAACGAAAGGGACAACACUGAGGGUCAUGGAGACACUGCUGACCCUCAGCCACAGUUGGAGCAAAUUUUGUCCAAGCACUAUGUGAAGCUCAAACUUGUGUGCAACAAGGGCAAGGAAGUUGUUGCUAUAAUGACCCCCCAACUGAUCUCUGCAUUAACACUGCUUGUGAGCAAGAGAGAAUCAUGUGGAGUGCAUGCAAAUAAUCCCUUCUUAUUCGGAAGACCUAGUGCCUCAUGUUCAAGCUUCUUCCACGGACACCAGUGCAUGGGCACUUGUGUAAUUCGGUCUGGCGCAAAGAACACAACAAACCUCAGGUCUGUGUUUUUUCAUCAGCACAUUGAAAGAGUUUUCCAGAUUCUCAGCCUCUCGGACGAUGAGCUCGGUCAGCUAGCCAAGCUGCUGGGCCGUAGCAUUCGGACCGACAGAGAAUAUUAUCGGACGCCAGAGGCAGCUCUUGACAUCGCAAAGGUCUUGGAGAUACUGUCAGCAAUGGAGAAUGGAUCUCUGGAAAGGUUGGAAGGAAAAUCUUUGGAGGAAAUUGAGAUUCCAGAUAUAUUGGAGCCGGAUGGGCAGCCAAAUGUAGAGUCAAAUGAGGUGUCGGAUGUGGAGGCAGAUGGAGAGCAGGAGAACCCCGAAAACCGUGAUGCUGAGAAGGGCGGUGAACUAUCAGAGCUGUCUCUUCAGCUGAGUGGUCUUUUCUGCUUUUCGACACCUAAAAAACCCAGAAGAGUUUCUUCCUCAAGGAAACGUGGCAAGAGCAAGACCCAGAAGCAGGAGAGUGAAGCUGAGCCAUCUGAGCUGAACGAUGAGAGAAACAAUGAGGUGAACUCAGAGCAGGAUGACGAUGAAAUGCCAGAGAGCUGCGAUGUCGACACACCUGAGAAAACGGUGGAAACUACAGAGGGCGCCUCGAAGAUGUGGUUUAGCGACGACGAUGACGACAUGAACGUGGACUUUGACAUCGACACCGAUGACGAUGUCAGAAAUGAGGAUAAUGACGAAGACGGUGACACAAGCAGGUCAGCACCAAUACCCUGGAUACCAGUUGAACAAGACACAACAAAGCACGACAAUGACAGCAGUGAUACCAAGAAGACCGACAGCCCACCUAACAUGGACACAGCAGUUUCAGACCAUGAAGAGAGUAAAGACGUUGAUGAAGUGAACAAUGUGGAGCAAAAGAACAGAAGUUCCUCUGGCAUUGGAAAUACAGAAAAGAAUAAGAAAUUACUGGCUGCCAUGAAAGAAGUGAAGAUAUUAGUCAAAAGACUUGACAUUGGAACAUUGCGAUUUCCAGUCCAGGUUUCCAAGUUAUCGUCUGUGUGCAACUCUGACAAUGAAAAGAAAAAAAGCGAACAACUUUAUGUGAAAGAUCAGACCGUCCACGAUGACUGCAACAAAUCUCCAAAACCCUCUACAUCCACUAAAGACAAGCUGAGUUCUGCAAAGGAAGUGCAGAUGAUCUGCUCCCACUGCAAGAAGAGCAUGCUGAAGGGACAAACAGCUUACCAGAAGAAAGGAUUCACAGACGUCUUCUGCUCCAAAAACUGCCUCUUCGCAUUGUUUCCUGUCAACAAAACCGUCACCAAGACCUGCCAUUACUGCCAUCAGGCGAUAUCGCAGCCUUUGGACCUCAUCAUGGCUGCAGUGGACAUUAAAGGAACUAUGAAGGAAUUCUGCGGUAUAAACUGUCUCUGUGCUUUUAAGUACAACACCGUGCCAACCCAACCAACGCAAACAAUCUGCCGCACGUGCAAGAAAAUCUGCACUACCACACAUGAUUUUACCCUGUACAACGUUAUCCACAAGUUCUGCAGCGACGCUUGUUUGCAGGAUUUCCGCAGAGAGAACGAGUUUACCUGUGCGAACUGCACCUCCACCUGCCUACACAAGCCGCUCAUGCUGAAGCUGGAGGGCGAGGAGACCAAAACCAUCUGCAGUGACGAAUGUCUGGACCAGUUCAAAGAGGAAAUCACGACGCCUCACAAGUGCCACGUGUGCCUGGCGCCUCGACCGGUGUCGAAGAUGGUUCAUUACAAAAGUGAAGAGAACGUGGUGAAGCUCUUCUGCAAUCGCUACUGUGUGUCGUCAUACAAGACGUAUCUUGGGUGCAAGGUUCAAGAAAAUAAAAGCUCAGCUCAGUCGAAGGAGGGGAAAAGAGACGAACAAUCGAGUGAGGACGGAAAGAUCGCUUCAGACUCCGCCGUGAGAGAAAACGAUGCUGAAUCUGAGGAGCCAUCGAUCAUCUACGCAAAGUCUGACGUUAAAUGUUGCCAGUGUAGAAAGGAAGUGCAAAGAGGACAGACACUUUACCGGCCAAAGACCUCACAGGAGGUUUUCUGCUCAGCCUCUUGUCUCUCUGAAAGGCAUCCCCACCUCAAAAUAAUCCAGAAGAAAUGUCACAACUGCUUCCAGGUGAUACUGCGACCUCACGACAUGAUUCUGGCUCCGGUGGAUGAUUCGGGAACCGUGAAGGAACUGUGCAGCAAUGCCUGCCUCGCUUCUGUCAACUCCAGGAGGAACCUUUCUGCAAAACCUACCGGACCUCGAUCACACUGCAGGAUAUGCGGCAGAUUUAGCUGGUGCCGGUUUUGGCUGAUCCUGGACGGCUUCAAGCACAGACUUUGCAGCGACGCCUGCUACAUCAGCUACCACAAAGCGAACAACAUGCCUGUGUUUAAGUGCAACAUCUGCAGCUCCAUCUGCCACGAGACCCGGCUCGUGCUGGAGACCGAGGACGGCAGUAAAACCGUCUGCAGUGAAGAAUGUUUGGUCAAGCUCAAAAAGAAAAUCGAGGAUGCCCGUCUGUGCCCGAUGUGCCAGACGCUCCAUCAGCUGUCGGACAUGGUUGAAAGUAAAAACAAAGAGGGCAAGCUGGAGUUCUUCUGUAGCAACAGGUGCAUGAUGGUCCACAAGGCUCAGUCUGUCACUGCACCAGGUACAGGAAGGAACAGCCCAACACUGGAUGAGAUUGACGUUAAAGAAGUGAAGCCAUCACUACCAAAUCUGGAUUGUAUAAAACAAGAGCCCAUUGAAGAAGAGUGCAACCAGAAUCUGUCAUCCUCCAUACCCCCAGAAAAUAUCAAGGACGAGCCGAACGCGGCAAAGGAGGACUUGAAGAUCGGGUCAGUGUUCUCCUUGAAGGGAGAGCCCAAGGCUACAGCGCUCACGCAGGAUUUGCCGGUGUCUUGCUCCAACUGCAAAAACGUCCUGAUGGACGGAGAGACGGUUUAUCAGAGGAAAGGCCGGGCGGAUAUCUUCUGCUCCACUUCUUGCCUUUUGAAAUUUUACCAAAUGAAACAAGCCAUGAAGACAUGCCACUUCUGCCUUCAGGUGAUAACACAGCUUCAGGACGUCAUCCAAGCUCCGGUGGACAACGAGGAGACGAUGAAGGAUUUCUGCAGCGAGACCUGCCUGACCUCCUUCAACUACAAGAAGAUCACCAAAAUACCAGUCGCCCCAGUCGGAUCGCAGUCACAAUGCACCAUAUGCAGCAGAUACCGCAUUAGCAAGCAUGAGAUCGUACAGCACGACGUCGUCCACAAGAUCUGCAGCGAUCCCUGUUUCCUCCGCUUCUGCAACGUGAACAAGCUGUCGAUCUGUGAGAACUGUUGCUCCCACUGCAGCACGCCUGUCAUGCUGAAGAUGGGAGAAACCAGAAAGAAAUUCUGCAGCGUCACGUGUCUGUCCCAGUUCAAACAGAAAUACAAAACGCCUCAGCCGUGUGCCAUGUGCUGCAGCCCUCAUGGGAUGACGGAUAUGGUCGAAAACAAAAAUGCCGAGAACGAGGUGGAGCUCUUCUGUACCAACAGUUGUGUAAUGGCGUCCAAGAUCCAGGCCGUCAGUGCGUCAGGUCGUGCACUGAAUUGUGACAACUGUGGGAAGUCGACAGUACCAGCCUGCCAUCUCGCCAUGUCGGAUGCCUCCAUCAGAAACUUCUGCAGUCUAAGCUGUGCCAUGGUUUUUAAGGAGACACAGACUGCUACCGUUAACUCAACAGGCGCCUCGGACCAAACCCAAAGCGCUUUCCUCAAACCACCGGAGAAACUGCCGUGCGCUCAGUGUCGGCGUAUUUUAAAAGCUGCGCCCAAAGUUGUUCAGAAAAAGGGGAAAAUGAAUUUUGUGUGCAGCCUGGCCUGUUCUCAGGAGUUUAAGAGGGUCAACAACAUCACGGGCAAGUGUGAAUACUGUAAGAAUGAAAAGAUCAUCAGAGACAUCAAGAGGGUCGACGGCAGAGACUGUUACUUCUGCAGCGACGGAUGUAAGAUGCUGUUUCGCCAUGAGCUGGAACAGGAGUGGGGUGUGCACUGUUCCUCGUGUGCUUACUGCAUGUGCAUCUCGAGGACGUUGGUAACGGCAAAGUAUAAAGGCACUGAUGAGAAGUUCUGCUCUGAAGACUGCAACUCAAAAUACAAAAUGCUCUUCUGCCAUAUCGCCAAAUGUGACACCUGUGGUCAUGAGGGGAAGCUGAGGCAGAGUCUUCCUCUGCUGGGAGAAGUCAAACACUUCUGCGACCUCAAGUGUGUCCUGCAUUUCUGCAAUCAGAAGGUCCAGACGGUCAACGCAGACUCUUCACCUCCCAGAUCUGCCGGCACAACAGAGUCCUCCCCGGUCAUCGCCAACGUCAUCUCGCUCGCUGGCGCUUUGGCUCGGCAGCCCAGCGCUUCUGUCAGCUCUGCAGAGCAAACGUUGUUCUCUGUCCCCGAUACUCAAACAAAGGUUGUUGGACACGCCAGUGUUCAAACAGUCCCCAAAGAGCUGAAGAACAAGUCCAUGCUCUGCACACCGUUGGUCCAUAACAAAGGAGUCUCCUGUACGCCACAGACUGUCGACACAGAAGCACAGACGGACAACUUUGUACCCAAAGUCGUCGUCCUGCCUCUCCCGGUGCCGGUGUACGUUCCUAUGCCGAUGAACAUGUACAGUCAGUACACACCCAAGCCUGUUGGCCUGCCCUUACCGCUGCCUGUGCCCGUGUUUCUUCCUGGGAGGUCGGAUGGCGCCAACCCGGCAAAGGAGACAACCCAGCCCGACCCUCCCAAGGAAGAGCUUGACUCAAAGUCCGAAGACGAGGAGAGCGAUAAAGAGGAUGGGCACAAGGACAGAGCAGUGACGAGAAGGAGACAAAGCAAGGAGCACACCAGUGACCGUGGUGAUGACUCUGACGUAGUUCAAGAGGACGACUCCUCCUCUGACAGCAGCUUCGGGUCGCACGGUUCACGAAACCAAGCGGGCGUGCCCGGUGAACUCGUGCCCGGUGAACUCCCACCUCCAGCUACUCCUGGUCUGGUGAUGAGAGAGGAUCUCCAGAGAUCACCGAGUCCUGCACAGGCUUCUCAACCAUUACAGAAUAAGCAUUUGUUCAAAACAGCUGAAGACGAGACAUCUCAAAGAGACAUUUCCACAGCCGCGUCGAGAGAGUACCACAAACUGAACAGUCAGUGUGGAAUCGACGCCUGGAAGAGAUGGAUACAGUGGAGGGAAUUACAAAUCAACCUGGACCUUGUUCCUUCUCACGCCGUCGCAGUAAAGGAGGACGUUCUUCACUGCUGUGCGGCCGAGUUGAACGACGGCCUCUGUUGCUUCAUCGCUGAGGUGAAACAACCUGAUGGAGAGCCGUACUCCCCCGACAGCCUCUUCUACCUCUGUCUCAGCAUACAACAGUACCUGUUCGAGAACGGUCGCAUGGAGAACAUAUUCAGUGACCUGAUCUACAACAAGUUCUCCGCUGGGUUCACUGAGAUCCUGAAAGGUUUCAGACCAUCAGUCACAGCCAGCGGUUAUAGCCAUUCCUGUGUGGAGGAGGAGUUUCUGUGGGAAUGUAAACAGCUGGGCACGUACUCCCCCAUUGUCCUCCUCAACACUCUGCUCUUCUUCUGCUGCAAGCACUUCGGCUUCACCACGGUGGAGCAGCACCGCCAGCUGUCCUUCACUCACAUCGUGCAUUGCACCAAAACCAACCAGGACAACUCAGAGACCAUCUUCCUGCGAUUCUACGUCCCAGUAUCCAUAAACGAGGCAGAGUCAGAUGUCGAUGGCGUCCCAGCUAAGAGACGUAAGAAACACGAGAGUGAAUAUGAUGUCCUAGAGAUGAUGGAGAACACAGAGAACCCUCUCCGCUGUCCAGUCAGACUCUACGAGUUUUACCUCUCCAAGUGCUCAGAGUCGGUAAAACAACGUGCCGGCUUAUUCUACCUCCAGCCGGAUCGCUGUUGUGUCCCCGGCAGCCCUCUGUGGUUCUCGUCCACCGCUCUGGACAGCAGCACAAUGGAGGCCAUGCUCGUACGAAUCCUCACCGUCCGUGAGCUGCAGGGAGAAGAUGGACGAGGUUUGGACCAGCAGAGACUAAAAUGACACAUGACGCGUUUUUGUUGGACUGUGUUCAAAUUUGACUUUAAAAAUCUGUAAAUUGUCUAAAAGCUUCAGAGAAAUACAUUCCAUCAGACAGAAAUAUAGAAAUUACACCUACAAUUAGUUUAACUAUUAAAACAAAGACUUUUUCCAUCAAGUCAUCAUUUUGAGAUUAAAUCAAGUUUUUGAAAAUUUCCAACCUGGAAUAAAAAAAAAGUUGAACUGCUGAUUUGUCUGUCAAGAUCUUGGUUUAGUUUUUGUCCGUUGACUGAGUUGAAUGUUGAUGUUUCUAGAUGUGACUUGAGAUUUUCUUAGUUUUGGUUAAUAAAUACUAAAAAGUAUCAUUGUCACUGUUUUACCUUUUUUUUGUAUUCUCUUGUGGAUAUCUCC